AUUUCAUUGUUUGUGAUCAGAUUGAAUGCGAAUCGAAAAUUGUUACGAUUGAUGGAUACGACUGAAUUAUGUUUCCGAAGUGCUUUCUCGACAACUCCUCCGUUACUCGCAUAUUCAAUAGCCUUUCUGAUCAUCGUCAGUCUGGCGUUUGUUGCACCGUUCACUUUACGAGUAUUUGAAUUCGUCUAUACGCAUGAAAGGUUUUUAGAUAGUUGGAUGACGGAUGUUUCGUUCAUUUUAGUACCACUGCUGACCGUAUGGAAUGUGGUACCACUGGUUUACUAUGAACUCUGCAAUCGUAUCGUUCGUUCAUGGUGCCGUGUAUUGGCGAGAUCGUUACGAAGUGAACAUCACCAACGACAUUACACGUUGAAGUUUUAUUAUGAACUGUUCUUGAGAAUCACUUCGGUUCAGGAAGCAAUCGGCGAUCUGUUCAAUCCGUUCAUAAUGUUCUCGUUGGCAUGGUCUCUUGUCAUUCUCUCACUCACAAUAUAUUUCCUCACAGAGCCAUCAUCUAGUUUGGUAGAGCCACUAAGUGCAUUUCAAUUCCGCUCUGAAGCGAUCCGUGAGCAUCUGAAUCGAAAAGUUCGUUUCACACUUGCGUGGGCUUCUAUUCAGAUUCUCGCUGCAAUCGCCUACAUCUUUACAAUUUGCUCAACUGGUAUGCAAACGAAUGAAGAGGUAUAUUGA